AUGUCCUUCUUGGAGCUAGCUGGAUUCAGGUCAGCAACAUUGAUCCGAACAUUUGAUUUGCGAUACGAUUUAAUAUCCGCAUUGGUCGAGCGUUGGCGCCUGGAGACCCACACUUUUCAUUUGCUGUGUGGGGAGUGCACUGUCGCUCUGGAGGAUGUUGCAUUGCAACUUGGACUCCCAAUCUAUGGGAGUGCCGUAACGGGCGUAAGUGCGAUAACUGAGCCGGCUGUACUUUGUUAUAGUCUAUUAAGAGCCUCGUCCGGCGAUGAUGAGUCCAAAUUUUCAGGUUUGAAAUUUAAAUGGCUGAAAGCCAAUUUUGAGCAUUUAUCAGUUAAUGCCAUUAAAGAAGAGUUGAUGUGUGCAACUCAAGCGUACAUUAUGCAUAUUAUAGGGGGUGUAUUGAUGCCCGAUAUGAACAACAACAGGGUUUAUCUCCAGUAUUUACCUCUAUUAGUUGAUUUGCAUAAUGUUCGCUCGUAUAGUUGGGGCUCCGCAAUUCUGGCUAUAUUGUAUCGUGAGCUUUUUUGGACGACAAAACCUCAUGCAGUAGACAUAGGCGGAUGCAUUGUAUUGUUGCAGUCAUGGGCUCUUUAUCGGAUGCCAUUAUUGGCAUCAGUUAGUCACCAACCAUACGUAUAUCCACUAGUUAACAGGUGA